GGCUUGCUGCAAGGAAUUGAUUUGCUUUCCGUAAUUAGCGCUGUGUGUUCGGCCAACGUGGCUUUUCUACAGGUCGAUCCACUGACUGGGAAUAUGCUGGAAGGGCUGGUUUUUGCCUCCCUCCCCCCCUUCAGAGAAGGAAUGGCUUCUGUUUUCCCCCACUCAUGGCCACUAACCAUUUUGGGCUUGAAGCUAACGCAUCCCGUGCUUUUCCGUCAUGGUUGCAGUUUAUUGAAACUGUCAUUUCCCUCCCAUUAAGAUGAAAUCAGUAAUCAGGCAAACCAAAGAGACCUCCAAUGUGCACCCAAUGUGCCGUGAUCUCUCGCCAAGACGCAAGCUGGGCCCAGCCAUAUUCCACAAGACGGUCUCCCAAGACCGCUUGAUUGAGGAACUACAAGACAGGUUGGGCAUCAGCAAACCAGAACAGGAGGAAUGGAGAAACCCGGACGACUGGCUGACCGAGGGCGUCAUCAUCAUCUCCCGACCCCAAAAGAAAGAGCAAGAUGGUGGCCAGCAGAUAGAAAAGGUUAUCAUUCCUGCAGAGUCACCCCUCCCUCUGAGAAGAACGGUCGGCGUUCCACCUUCUCCCCCACCGCAGUUUCCUAAAGAUGUUUCAAAGGCUGUCUCUGUCAAAACGUCUCCUCUCCCUUACCCUCCUCCUCCUCCACCACCUCCUCCCCUGCCGCCGCCGCCACCGCACGCUCCGCCACUCUUCUUUGUGCCAUCUUCCCCCCCACGUCCUCAGCCUCUGCUCCAGUGGGAAAAGCUUUUGGAGGAACAUCCUUCUCCCCAGGCACAGAUUCCAAGGAAGCCAGUUGAAAUGGCCUCUCCUCCCAAGUCACUGGUGUCAGUCGGCUGCCAAACGGAUGAGGAUUCAUUCUACCCGCCAGAGCAGGCAUGGUCUCGUUUUAUGGGCUCCUGAUUUAUUAGGAAGGUGCCAAAGGUCCCUUAUACUCCACCUCUGGACCGAGGCUCUCGAGUUCUUGCCGCUCGGCCACCCACCCCUGAGAAG